GCCCGCCUGGGCGCGCAGGGCAAACGGGUCGUGCUAGUGACGUCCGGCGGCACCAAAGUGCCGCUGGAAGCCCGGCCCGUGCGCUUCCUGGACAACUUCAGCAGCGGGCGCCGCGGGGCCACCUCGGCCGAGGCCUUCCUGGCCGCGGGCUAUGGGGUCCUGUUCCUGUACCGCGCUCGCUCCGCCUUCCCCUUUGCCCACCGCUUCCCUCCCCAGGCCUGGCUGUCGGCGCUGCGGCCCUGCAGCCCGGCCGCUGCGGGCGUACUGGGCCUGGAGGUCGAGGAGAACGCCCUCCCGGGCUUCGCCGCGGCUCUGAGGAGCUACCAGCAGGCGGAGGCUGCCGGCACCUUCCUGGCGGUCGAGUUCACCACUUUGGCGGACUAUUUGCAUCUGCUGCAGGCUGCGGCCCAGGCGCUCAGCCCGCUAGGCCCUUCUGCGAUGUUUUACCUGGCUGCGGCCGUGUCAGAUUUCUAUGUUCCUGUCUCUGAAAUGCCUGAACACAAGAUCCAGUCAUCUGGAGGCCCACUGCAGAUAACAAUGAAGAUGGUGCCAAAAAUGCUUUCUCCUUUGGUUAAAGACUGGGCUCCGAAAGCAUUUAUAAUUUCCUUUAAGUUGGAGACUAACCCCUCUAUUGUAAUUGAUCGGGCACGGAAUGCUUUGGAAGUUUAUCGACAUCAAGUGGUGGUGGCUAAUAUCCUUGAGUCACGAAGGUCCUUUGUGGUUAUUGUAACCAAAGACUCAGAAACUAAGUUAUUGCUAUCAGAGGAAGAAAUAGAAAAAGGCAUGGAGAUAGAAAAGAAGAUAGUAGAUGAUCUUCAGUCUCGACACACAACUUUUAUACAAGACAAAAACUGAAGGAUCAAAAACUAUAGGAUCAAAAAUUGUUCAGUGGACCAGGGCUCUUACAGAUGGUGAGAACUAGAAUAAAUCCAUUGCUUUCAUAAAGACAGAGAAAAUGAAGGGAAAAAGCAGUGAGUGGUGUGCAGGCAAAUAUGGUUUGCUCUGUGUCUUUUAAAGGUCAUUUCAUACUCAUUAAAAAUGAAAACAAAAGCAAAGCAACUACGCGACUGACCCACCUGACACACUUACCUGAAUGUCAUCUUGAUUUUGAAAGUGAACAUGAGCUGUUUCUCACCCUUAAAAAAAGAGCUUAUUGGGAAUUAUAUUCCUUAAAAUAUACCUGUGGGACCUGAAUAUCAACUGCCUUCAUGCUAUGAAGUGGAUUGUGGAUUCAUGAGUGGCCAUGUUUUGAAGAUCAGAUAGUUGUUGAUGCCUACUAUAUGGUAGGCCUUGAUGAUUAUGAGGAUUAAAAAGAUGAAUAAACAUGUCUAGUUUGGGAAAUGGAUAUAUAAAUUAAGUGCAAUAAAGUGUGUGCCCAAAAGCU